GAUGCCGUGGACCUGAUCGAUCUGAGAGGACGCUGUUUAUUUAUACAACUGAACGAAAGGAAAUGUGUCGGAAAGGACCGAAAUCUUCGUCAAAUCUCGGACUGGUUAUCGUAAAUAGACAGAAAAAGGAUUCAAAGAUGUGAUUCAUCAUCCAAGUAUGAAAGGAUAGAAGGCCAUUCUUGGACAAGUAUCAUCAGACUUCUCCACCUGCCAGUGUAUAAUCUGCUUGCAUUCUAAUGACGUCAGUGAAGUAUUUCAUAAGCCACUGUUUAGCCCUCCCCUUUCAAGCAAUGAAGUCCCUGAAUGAUAGAUGCAAGCUACAGAUCAUCGCCAUCUUAGAUGGCAUAGUACUGUUUGCUGCUGUAUGUGUGGGUCUGUACACCUGUUGGCAGCUGACCGGUGAUUCAACCAUCAUCCUCUUAACUGGAUUUGGUCUGCUCAUUUUUGCUUUCUCUGCUAUUCUUUACUACUACUUUGAUCUAGUCGACUACACCCUUAGCUUCACUCACCUUUGGUAUGGCUGCCUUCUCGGAAUCAUCUCCUUCAUGGAUGUCGGGCUCAACGAGGCUGCCCCUAUCACCAAAGCCACAAAUGGACUUCUCGUGAGCAGUCUUGCUGUCAGGAUGGUCUGGUCUUUCUCAGAGAGAGUUUGUGGCCAGACUAGCUACACAUCUCGUCUUCUCACCACAGUAGAGAAAUAUGAAUGUAUUGGCUUUGGUAUCGCAUGUAUGAUGAAAUCAACCUACAUGGUCAGCCUCUGGUUACUGGUUAUUGCAUUUUCAUUCACCAUUGCAUCUCUACGCCUGAAAGUUGCUUGUGCAAUCCCGAUUCUUGUACUGUUUGUAACCCUGUCGGCAACUUUCUUCUUCCGUGCCAUUGAGGUCCCAAUAAAUCCAUUUGCUCUUAGUUGCUUUGCGGGUAGACUGCUCGUCGAUCCUGCGCUGGACCUAUACUUUUGUGGAUUAUCAGUCCUAGAGAGGUGGAACUGUCUCAUUAAUCGUAGUCACCUUAUUCACAGACUAGUCCUGCUUCUUGCCAUAGCUUUUGAAGUCCUUUUCUUGUUGCUGGCAGGAGAAGCUACACUGACUCAUGAAGAAUGGUACUUUGCCAUCCCUGCCUAUGCUGUUUUUGGCAUCUUAUGGAUCAGUCUUCAUAUCGUCUUCAUGAUCACAGCUUGGGGCUUCAUUGGCAAACUGAGAGAAUGCAACCGUGCUUACCACGCUGUCAGCGAUGAAACAAAUAAGAGUUUGAGUGUAAUCAUGGCCUCCAAAGGAUUACGCUUCUUUACAACUAUAUCACGGCGACUGGUGGCUUCGGCUCUUCUAAGCACCCUGUUCUUGGGUGCAGUGAUGUGGCAGAACCAUAAUGCAGCCUUUAUGGCUGGCUGGCUCAUUGUGCUGUCUCUUGAGGGCAUGCUGCAUGGACUUCUUUAUGAGCUGGCAGGAGCGUUAGGGGGAACGUGCACAGCAUAUGCUGUUGUUGGCCCGUCCUCAUUCUGCAGAGCUGACGGAUCUGCAGUCCCCCUACCCAUGACAGCAGCUGAAGAAAACAGCAACCGCUCAAUGGGUCUCCUCAACACCAUCCAACGCUUCUUCCUCUACCACAUGAUAGACAUAUACAGCUGUGACUUCUCCACCAGUGGUCUCUCCAUGGAAUCCCUCCACACCAAGCUCAGAAGUUUUUUUUCUCGAUGUACGGACGAUGGGCCAAGGUUUGACACCUACUUACUGUACUACAGUGGACAUGUUCAUGCUAAUGGUGAUUGGGCUUUGGCUGACAAUGGUGUGCUGAAAUUUGAUCAGCUGUUGGAACUGUGGUCAUCCUUGGACCAGCAAUCCGGAUCAAGAUUAAUUCUUGUCAUGGACACACGCAGCGGAGGUGAAUGGCCAAAGCGAAUCCAGGGUGACGGGGACAACUUCAUGGCAAUCCAAGCAUCCAUUUUGAAAAAGUCUACAGACCCUGAGACGGGAGUCACUACAUCUGUUGGGGAUUUUACUAAAGAAUGGGUGGACUUCAACUGCACUAAAGAAACGGAUAUUUCAUGGCAUGAGCAGGGUCGGCGCACUAAGGCUGUCUAUGCCGUCUCUGGUCGAUGGAGUGAGUUUAUGUUUCAUCAACCAACAGAGAAUGAUAUGGAAAGCCACUGGCAGAGUAACUUUCCACGUACCACCCACCCACUUAUCAAGCUUCUGCAGAUACCUAGUGCAUUUGAUUGCUUAUCUUUGUGCUCUGGUUGUCUCUAUUGUAUUAGACGCUGGAAACUCAAGUGGCUGCCGCCAAAGAUUAUCAACACGGGGCACGGUUUCAAGUUGGUGCAAUCUUGAAUUGGAUUGGCCACAUCUAGAGGAUUGGUUAUAGAUUUAUUCACUUGUUCAUUUUGUACAGAAAUUAUUUAUUAUUUUUCCCAUACUCCCAUCAGAUCUCAUUCCAAUUCUAACUUGCUUCUGCGAUCAAACCAAAUGGAUGGAUACAUAAACAAUAGACUCUAACUAGUUGUGAAUGCCAAUAUACAUUUGUACAUUCUAAAUUGACCUUCACAAUUACCCUUCAUUUACAAUGUUUUUGAUACUCCUCAAAAUGGAAACCCGAAAUCCUGUGUGUGAAAUUAUGUUCUGCAUUAUGCUGUGUAUAUAUAAAGAUGCUGUGAAAAAUUGUGAACAGAGAAAUACAUCAGUGGUUUACAGAUUUUCUUCAUACAGGAAUGCUCCUGCAUACAUGAGUUUCAUCCCCAAAGAAUGUCUUACUUUCAUUGUUUUAAGUCUUUAUUAUCGAAACACUGGUGGAAAAGGCCAUACUUUGAAGAAGUUGAAAUAAUUGAAUUUCUUGAAAGAAGUUACUUGAACAUAGGAUAUUCAUAAACCAUAACUUCAUGAGAGGUAAUGUGAAUACUUAGUUUGUGCAUAUAAAUUUUUGAACCUCAUAUGCCCUACUAAUAGCUUUGUUCUAUUGCAUUGUUUCCAAAAUGCAUUUUAAUUUAUGCACCUUGUGGUGAGCAGUAUGUCUGUGUUGAUAUAUCUAAAGCUCCAUACAUAUUUUAAUGUAAAUGGGCAUUUUAAACUUUUAAAUCUGUCUUAUAUAAGAUUGCUCACCUGAAACUAUAUCAGCAUUGUAGUUGCUUGUAUGAAAUUGUCUCAUCAAUUGAUUUGAACACUUGAAAGGAAUUCAAUAUAGAAAACUGUAUGAAGCUGCCAAGGAGGGCACGGAAGUUUAAGGUACAUGCACCUAUAUGAAAUUGAAUGAGAUGGACAUUUAGUGCUACACAAAAAGUACCUGUAUGAAAUUGACAGGGGAGCAUGUACCAUUAAGCAUUUUACACAGGGGUAACCUUCAUAAAUUUGAUGGGGUGGAGGUGGGGGCAUAAUGCACAAAAGAUACUGGUAUAAAUUGGAAAUUGGACAAUUACUGUUGUACAUGUGGAUCCAGAUAUGACUUUACCAUGAGGACAUAUCGAGUGCUAUACAAUAUACUUUACCUACAUGAUAAUGACAGAUAUGGGGUAUUGGGUACUACAUGAACAUACCUGUCUGAAAUUUAUAGGAAUGAUUUGGAAUAGUCAUGAAGGGUAUAAUUUCUCUUACAUCCAGAAAUGCUUAUGAAAUUUGAGAAGUGAAAUUAUUCCCUGUCGUGUUAUUGUUACUGAUUAAACAAACUGGGAGUGAUUUGUAAAGAUUACAAGAUCAUGACAUCAGUUACAUGUACUUAAGUGUCUUUUUAGUGAAUUGCAUAUAUGCCCAAGUAUGUGAUCUUGCUGAUAACUUUAUAGAGUCGAUGUGUAAGCAUAAUUCCUACCAUGUGUCAAAGAGAAAUAUAGAUUUUUGUAGUUCUGUCCAUUUGGUAUCAGCAAUGACGACUAUUAUGUUCUGAAAAUUUCAUUCAUGCUGACGGUGCAUUGAUGUCUGCAUAGUGUGCUAAACAUUAGAUACAUAUUAGUGACAUAUGAAUAAAGUAAAUAUAUGCAUUUAAAAACUUUUUUUUAGUAUUCAUUGCCAUGUGGUUCUUGAGAUAAUACUGUAUGGCUAAAAAAGAUCCCACUCUUUAUUUGGGUUGAACUUUUUUAGGUGGGAGUUGUCAGGUAUAUUAAAAUUCCUACUGGAAUAAAAAAAAUAA